AGACAAAGAAACAUUUUUAUAGCGAGUCUUAUUUUAAUGCGUGUGUGUGUGUGAAUAUACAUAUAUAUAUCAUAUACUAUACUAUGCAUGAGUUCGCAAAUCACAAAUUAACUUGUAUGUAAAAAAGAGGCGAAAAAGGAAAAAUCUGAAAACGCCAUUAAUAAAGUUGGAAAGAAUGGUUGGAGAAGCAGCAGCAGAAAAGAAACUAUACGAUGCUGCAACAAAGGGAGAUGUCGCAACUUUCCAAGUGCUGCUGCAACAAGAUCCACAUCUUGUUGAUGAGGUUUCAUACGCACGUUCAAGAAACCUUCUACAUAUAGCAACGAUGCGUGGACAAGUGGGCAUCGUGGAAGAGGUGUUGAAGAUGAACUCAGAGCUAGCUCGAGACGUUGACUCCAAAAAGUCGUCAUCUCUUCACAUCGCAGCUGCACAAGGGCAUGCUGAAAUCGCCAAAAAAUUGUUAUCAGUAGCUCCGGAGGCGUGCUGGUGGCGAGACUGUCAUGAUAUGAACCCGAUUCAUGUUGCAGCCAUGAAUGGGCAUGAGGAGGCGUUGAAGGUGCUGCUUGAAGUGAGUCAUAUACCUGCUAUGGAGAGACUGCAUCGCGGGCAGACUGUGUUGCACCUGUGCGUGAAACACGGUCAGCUUACGACAUUGAAGGUUUUGGUGGAGAAAUUGGGAGAGCUUGUGUAUGCAAAGGAUGACGAUGGCGAGACACUCUUGCAUUUGGCUGUUAGGUGCAAUCAACUUGUGAUGGUACAAUAUUUGGUUGAAAGCAAUAAAAUAGAGAAGCUAACACCGAAUUCCAUGGGCAAAACGGCGCUGGAUAUCUCGAAAGAGUGCUCUCCACCCACAACCACCAAUUCAGAGAUGAAAAGGAUCUUACAAAGUUUGCUAAUCAAGCAGCGAUCGCUGAAAUCCCAUCUCAAGAUAAACGACAUGACGAUGGUGGUGGUGGUGCUGAUCGCCACGAUGGCGUUCCAGGGCCGUCAGCCCCCCCGGCGGGGUGUGGCAGGACGACACGUCAUCACACACGGCCGGGAAAGCAGUGAUGGCGUCUGCUCAUCCCAAGUUAUACAAACACUUUGUUCGUGCUAACACCACCGCCUUCGUUUCAUCUCUCAUCUCAAUCAUAUUCUCCACCACCGGAAUGCCACUGAGAGAAUUUGCCUUCUUUGGUAUCGCCUUUUACGCGAUGUGGGUGUCGGUGGCGGCCAUCGGAGUGAGCUACGGAGCUUCCUUGAUCAUGACAAACCCCGCCCAGGCAAGACCAAUUGGCCAUAUUGUUGCGAUAGUAGUGUUUCUAUUCGUCGGCAUCAUUGUAUCAGUAAUCGGCUACGCAGUUAAAGAGGAGCGGUCGUGGAAGAGAGAGGAACAGGAGCAGGAAGAUAGACGCAGUAGUCUUAAAGUCCUUAUUCGUCGCUUCUCAGGAAGGUCGGAUUCUUCGGAACCGGUGCAGGCCGCCGCGUGAACCAUUACCGGUGAUUUCCGGCCUAGGCCUCCUCUCCUUUCGAGUAUGGGUAUCUGGGAUUCGGGGCUUGACCCCCUGUUUCGAUCAAGGGGAGGGGUAGCUGCGUCGCCCAAGCCGUGUGAGAAUCCGGUGGGGGGAUCAUUACAUGCUGAAGUCAGGGAGGAAGCUGGGAAGGUCUUGACGAGCGAGCUCAAGGAUAGGCCGGUGUUUGAGGCCGAUGAUCAGUCUUAUGGCUUCCUACUAUUUUGGAUCAUAACUUGAGUUUUUUAUGGAUUUAGUGAGGGAGUGAGUUUCUUAUUCAUUUCCAAUACUGCUCUCUAUGAAGUCAACGUGUUUGAAAUACAUUUUGCAUGUUUGAAAUU